GCGAGACUUCCGGUGAUCAGCCGGCAAGUUCGUUUUGGAAUACUACAAACAAAAACUGAACUGAAAUACAACGACAUUUUAAAAGUCCAGUCUCGGUGCAGAAAAUGAUGGCUGGAGAAACACCAAAUGAGUUUAAGCUGAACAAUCAGCCCACAGAUGGGAUUUCUGCUGUGAAGUUUGCUCCUAACAGUUCCCAGUUUCUCCUUGUGUCUUCCUGGGACUGUGGUGUGAGAUUAUAUGAUGUCAUUGCCAACAACUUAAGAAUGAAAUUCUUUCAUUCGUCACCAGUUUUGGACUGUUGUUUUCAGGAUGCAGUUCACUCUUAUAGUGGUGGAUUGGACAAUACACUGAAGAUGUUUGAUUUUAAUAUGGGAGCAGAAACCCAUGUUGGUACCCAUGAUGCUCCUAUCAGAAGUGUGGAGUUUUGUCCUGAGGUCAAUGUAGUCAUCACUGGAAGCUGGGACUCCACUGUCAAACUGUGGGACCCAAGAACUCCCUGCAGUGCUGGAUCAUUCUCCCAGCCAGAUAAAGUGUAUACAAUGAGUGUGUCUGGGGACAGACUGUUGGUGGGUACAGCAGGCAGAAGGGUGUUGGUAUGGGACCUGAGGAACAUGGGUUAUGUCCAGCAGAGGCGAGAGUCCAGUCUCAAAUAUCAAACCAGAUGCAUUAGAGCUUUCCCUAACAAACAGGGCUAUGUGCUGAGCUCUAUUGAAGGCAGAGUUGCUGUGGAAUACCUUGAUCCCAGCCCUGAAGUCCAGAAAAAGAAAUAUGCAUUUAAAUGUCAUCGUAUCAAGGAGGAUGGUAUUGAGAAGAUCUACCCUGUCAAUGCUGUAGCCUUUCACAAUGCUUACAAUACAUUUGCCACUGGUGGCUCUGAUGGCUUUGUCAACAUCUGGGAUGGGUUCAAUAAGAAGAGAUUAUGUCAGUUCCACAGGUACCCAAGCAGCAUAGCAUCCCUGGCAUUCAGUCACGAUGGCACAGUGUUAGCCAUAGCUUCUUCUUACAUGUAUGAGCAGGAUGAAAUUGAAAAUAUUCCAGAAGAUUCUGUAUUUAUACGGAAUGUAACUGAUCAAGAAACCAAGCCUAAAUAAACAGUGCAGCAUGUAACUGAUCAAAUUACCAGACUUAAGCAAAUAAUUAAGGAGAUACGUACUUGCAUGUUGACUGAAUAUGGUUGCAUAUGAUAUGCAUUGUGUGAUUGUGAAUGUAAGACUAAGAACAUGAAAAAUGAUCUGUUUUUUUAUUAAUUUUUUACUAAUAGGGCAUGACAUAUACCCAUUUUAAAACUAAAUGUUUAGCACUUAAAAUAUUGACAAAAAAUAUCAAUAAUGUAUAAUAAAAGUUUAUUUCAAAUUUUAUCAGAAAUUUGUAGUUACGACACAAGAUCAGAUAUAGGGAUAAGCAUUGCCCUGUACAACAUCUCAAUGAUUUGAAGACUUUACUUUGGUCUAACUUCAUCACCUUUCUCAGAAAGAAUGUUUUCCUAUUGUUCAGGAUGGUCCCAUCAAUUUUUUUUCUUUUUUGGGCCUUAUUUAGAUUAAUAUUUAACAUUUUAAAUUCUUAAUUAUUUAAUCACAACUUCAAAAAUUAAAAAAAAAACAUUGAACUUGGGCACCUUCUCUAUAAGCUUGUUGAUGGUUCACUAUUGACAAUGUAGAUUUUUAAAAGAUGUCAACUUUUGUUGUUAAAGGGAUAAUAACUCUUCAUUUUGGCCAAAAA